AUGCCCGCCGAAGCCACACAGUCCUGGGGUGGUGUUGCAUGGUUGACAUGCAGCAACGCCAUCAGUGGCCUGAAAGCCUACGCCGCUUCCAUCAUCGCCUAUGCCGAUCCCAUCACCGCCUACGCUGCUCUCAUCAUCGCCGUCAUCGCUCUCAUCGUUUCCAUCCCGCCGCCUGGAUUACGGUUGGGCUCAGCCUGCGUGGUGAUGAUCAUCUUCAUCGGAUCCAGCUUUGUCGCCAAUAAGCUAUCAAAACCAAUUACCCCCCCCGCUGAGAAGAUAUACUAUGCAUACGAACCCUACCCGAUACUGCCAUUUGUCACAUGUCCAGAACGUAGAUCUGCCUGCCAUCCUCCAGUCCUCUUCCUUAGGAUGAAGUGGGACACUACUAUUCGCUCCAUGGAAGACAAGAGCUAUUUCUGGGACGCCAAGGUCUACGAGCAGCCAGAGUGGGCAGACGUAGCCGACGACCUGAAAGUUGCGGAACAGUACAACCACAAAGUCCUCAAGCAACUAGGACUAGCAUCAACAGCUGUUGAGGAGCGCGACACAACUGUCACCUAUCACAUGUACCAAGCACAGACGGACCUUGAGCGUCUGGACUGGUCCCGGUUAGUGGGUUCGGACGUCGCAUCGAAGCAUACCACACCAAACAAAACCUCUAGCCGAAUCCUCUGCGAUUUCCUUAGCGACACUGGCAAUAUUCAGGAGCAUUUCCUCGCGCACACGACCAUGACAGAACUAGAGCGGAGCAUCUACCAGCAGCAGAAGUGGACACUCCAGACUGUGGACCGUAUCCGUAUCACCUCAGCCCUUCCCAACCCAUGGUUCAGAUCCUCUGGCUCCGCAAUGCGCAGCUUAACGAUCAAGCUGGAAGGUAUCUUCUUCCAACGUAUCGAACAAGGCUCCAGCCACGCCAAGGAUUUCCAAGAGUACAAGGCUGUAGAGCAAGACGCGCUCAAGCAGAUCCGGGAGCGGCAGAGCGUAUUCUGCGAGCGGGCUGAUAGGGAGGAUGCAGGCGAGAAGGAGGAAAUGUCGAUCGUGAAGAUUGGACUCCAGGUGAUGGAUAUCUCAGAUAUGACGUGGAUCAUUGGUGCUAUGGUGCGCAAGGGCGCGUCGCACGUUUCAGCGGAUGCUACCCCGUACGAUCCGAACGAUCUCUAUUGA